AUGAUUUCAGAAUUAAUUGAAAAAAACCAAUUUAAUGAUCUUAAUAUCUUAUUUGAUGACAAUAUUUAAGAUGCAAAUAAAACUGUGAAAUCAUUUUAUGAGUAAUGUGAAUAAGAAUGUUGUCCAAAAGGAUCUGAAAAUUAUAAUUACCCUAAUAAAUUUAAAAUAUAUAUAAAUGAAACAAUUAAUAAAGGUAGGUCAAAGUAAAAUAUAUCUUAAAUUAUUGAAAAAUACUCAAAAAAUAAAAACUUAGAGUCCUCUAGAGUUUUUUAAUAAAAUUGUUAAAGAGCACCUUUUUUAUGUUUAAUUGUUUUGUGUAAAGAAUAAUUUUAAAGUUUACAGAAUAUUUUUGAUUUGGUAGUUACUCUUAAAGAAAAUGAUUGCAAAACUGUAAUAAUUUUAGAGGAGAUUAAGGAAUUAAUUUAUGCAUAAAAUCAAUUUGAUCAAUACUAAAAAGAAUUUGAUUAAUUUGUAUUAGAUCUCUAAUUAAAUAACAAAGUAGAUGUGAUAAAUACUAAAUCUCUUAAAUAAACUAUUGAAGAAAUUGCUUAAUGCUUAUUAUGCGGCGUUUAUUGGAAAAAAAAAUAAAAUAAAAUACCAUGUUUAUUUAGAGAUAGAGGUGAUCAAAAUUUAUUUAAGGCAGAAAAUGCUGGAAUUACUAAUACUUAUGAACUCUAUUGGUUAUCUAUGUUAACCUAGAUUCCAGGAAUUAGUGAAGCAAAAGCCAGAGCUAUAGUAUUAAAAUAUCCUUCAAUCAAAUCAUUAAUCAAUGCCUAUAAAAAUACAGAUAUUGAAAAGAGACCUCAUUUACUUAGUGAAAUUGAAGUUGUUUAAGGAAUUGUUCAAUAAACAUCAAAGAAAUUAGGUAAUACUAUUUCAGAAUAAUUAUAUAUUCUUUUUUCAACUACAGAUGCCAAUUAUAAAGUAUUAGAUUGA